CGUUAGUCAGCGUUUCAGUGACAUGUUAAGACAACUACGUCGAAGUAGAACAAUUGGAUUGUUUAUCGUGAAAAGAGUAUAAAAACUAGAAAAGAGAAAGUUUUUCAGAAAUUAAAGACUUCAGUGAUUGAUUGUGGAUAACAAAUUUUUCUAUUUCAUAAAAAUGAUUAAUAGAUUUAAAAAAAUUAAUAGAUUUAAUAAAAUUCUGACAUUAAUAAUUCGCGUGUAAAAAGAUUAAUUAUUCAAAGUCGACACGUGCCCUUGACAUCGAUAUACGAUGAAGAUUACGACGACGUCGUUGGUUACGAUCGUCUGUUUACUCAGUAUGGUCAAUGGGGCCAGGAUACUGGCGAUAUUUCCCUUCAACGUGAAGAGUCACUACAUCGUGUUCGAGCCGUUGCUGAAGAGACUCUCUGCGAGAGGUCACGAGAUUGUCGCGGUGACGCACUUCCCUCAGAGGAUUCGCCUGGCCAACUUCACCGACGUGGACGUUUCGUCCGCUUUGCCGAGUCGAAUCAACACUAUACCGUUGAUCAAUAUCACGAUAUGGCAAUCUAUUCUACGCUUCAUGUCCUCGGAAUUUUGCGAGUUCGUAUUGAGCCAUCCAGAAAUAAAGAGGAUUAUCAAUGCGAAGGAACACUUUGAUUUACUUGUGAUCGAGAUGUUUGCUAGCGAUUGCUUCUUGGGUAUCGCCCAUGCUUUAAAUAUAUCCAAAAUAGUCGGCGCUAUCAGCUCUGCUGGAUUAUUGCGGACGAAUGUUAUGUUAAGGAAUCCUGAGAAUCCAAGUUACAUCCCUAACUAUUUCAGCUCGUACACCGGGCGAAUGAAUUUACUUGAAAGAUCGUUUAAUACGGUGCUUCUACUAAUCGUCAAUUCGGGUUUUAGAAUACUUUCCGACCGAUCGAGUUAUGAGGUCGCGAGAAAGUACUUGGGGCACGAUUUGCCCGACUUUGAUGCUCUCCGGUCCAGGAUAUCGUUGAUCCUGACGAACGGCCAUCCGGCCGUGAGCGUGGCACGUCCUCUGGCGCCAGGAGUUAAGGAAAUCGGAGGUAUUCAUAUUCCGAUAUCGGGCCCGAAGCCACUGCCCAUGGAUCUCCAGGAUUAUCUGGACUCUCAGAGCAGAAACGGCGUUAUUUACUUUAGUCUGGGAUCGCAAAUAGACACGUCCACUAUACCGAACCAGGUGUUUGCCGCCCUUUACCGAGCAUUCGAGCAAGUACCGCAGCAAAUACUGUGGACGUGCGCCAAAGAGAGAAUGCCUCCGCUACCGGGAAACGUUAAGUGCAUCGGGUGGGCGCCACAGCUCUCCGUAUUGUGUCAUUCGAAUACGCGACUGCUAAUCUAUCACGGAGGGCUACUCGGAUUACAGGAAGCAAUUUACUGCGGCGUGCCGAUCUUAGGAAUACCUGUCUUUGGGGAUCAUCGUUUAAACAUGGCCUAUGUCGUAGAAAAGGGACUGGCAUUGCAAUUGGAUUUGCAGCAGUUCUCGUACAAACGUUUCUCAAGCAGCUUAAAUGAAAUAUUAUCGAACAAGAGUUACACGGAAAUGGCACGAAAGGCCUCCUUUCAAUUCAAAGAUCGUCUGAUGUCGCCAGUAGAAGAAGCUACAUAUUGGGUAGAACACACAAUUCGUCACGAUCCGAAUUUUUUAAAGACAGCUGCUAUAGAGUUAACGUGGUAUGAGUAUUUACUAUUGGAUGUUGCUUUGAUGAUGAUAUCCAUCAUAGUUUUUGCACUCUGGUUAAUUUGUAAGUUAUUUAGUCUAUUGUUCUCUAAGAAAAAAAUAAUCAUCAUUAUCGAAGACAAUGUCAAGAAAAUAAAAUAAUUGUACG